AUGAAUAAUAUCAUGCCUAAACUGUACGACGAUUUACUGGCGUUAUGUUCGAAAAAUCUUGGAUUUAUUUUCAAAGAUACAGAAUGUGAUUCGAUUAAAUAUCGUAUAUUCAAUUAUAUCCUUUGUUCAUAUGAACAAUUUUCCUAUCCAUCGGCUUUGAAUUGUCGUGGAACAAUGUUCGAUAUAACCGAUGCCGAAAACGUCCAACUCGUUUGUUUACCACCGGAAAAGUUCUUUAAUUACGAAGAAGGAAACGGCGUAAACAUCCAUCCCUUAGGAGCCCUCGGAAUUCAAAUGGAAAA